ACGUGCCUUUACAGAAGUGGUGGACGAAGAAGAAGAAGAAGAAGCAGAAGAAGCAGCAGAAGAAGAAGAAGAAGAAGGAGAAGAAGAGGAAACGCUACGUUUCAGGCGAACCCAACAUUAGUUAUAGACCUCAGCUUUGCUCUGUUUCGUCGCGCGUUUUUUUUAAUAGUCCAAACAAACGUCGAACUUUUGGGGGAAUGUAACUCUUGUGUUUUUUCGUGGACUUUGUGGCGCUGCUGUCUCUGGAGCUGCAUCCUUAGCUAGCUUAGCACUCUCGUUGCUAGGCUAACGCUCUCAACACAGCUUGUAAACAACAUUAUAACGGACUGAGGAUGAAUUUGGUGAUAAACAACGCUUUACAGCCUCUGCUGCGCGACGACGAAGCCCUCGUUGUGGAAAACUCCAUCAGACUGGCGAUAGACUCGAUAGUAAACGUGUUGAACGGUGUCAACAGUGCCAGGACUCGUGAGUACCAGCGGACGGUGGCCGACAGGGACAAAGAGAUCCAGAAGCUCGAGCGCAGGCUGGGAGAGUCGGAGCACGAGCUACAGGUGUUGCGCCGGCAGGGAUGCGCGUGCCGGCUGGUUAAAAAGGAGCACAGUCCAGUCACAGGGUCACUGACCUUAGGUGACCCACUGACCUCAGGUGACCCACAGGAGGGAGAGCAGGGCGGGCUGGAACCGAGCUGUAUGAACACAGAGAUGACCACAGGACAGCAGGAGUGUGACCUGAGUUUCUCUUUGGGUCUUUUCACCCGCCCCCCUUCACAUGUCUCCUCUCAAAGCCAUGAGUCAGCUCUUCCAUCUUCCCCCAGCAGACUGGGUCUGGACCAGACCUGCACUCCCCACUCCUCAGAGUCAUCAGGUGUAUCAGAUGCAGCCAGGAAUCAAACUACAUCCCCCAGCAGCAGCGUCGUGGUCAAAGAGGAGCCGUGUGAGAUUGACACAGUCUUCAUUAAGUGGGAAAUGAGUGAGGAGAGAAUCACGGAGGCUCCAGAGAGCACAAGCGGUCUUUGCCCGGACAAAGAGAGUCCUGAUGUAACAAAAAUACUGGAGAACAGAAGAAAGUUCAAAGAGAGACCUCACACAGACUCAGGUGGACACAACAUCACUGAAGCAGAAAACCUGAGAUUCAUGUCAUCCAUCGGAAAUGAAAUUAAAGACAUCAUCCUCAAGGCGUUGCCCGGCCUGUCUGAGGAUACUCAGCAACAGGUUAUUUCUACACUUCAAACCUUAGGUGUGGAAUCACUUGAGGACCUCAAGUAUGUGCGGCAGGAUGGCUUUAAUGACCUGUUACCAGUCACACAGCAGAGGAAACUUCUGGAAGCAUUCAAAAUGGAAACCCCAACAGUCACUCUUGAUCUCCAAUCCUUGCCAGUUGAGCCGGCACAAAUAAAUCUAUCUCCACUCUCCAGUCCACUUGACACUGAAGAUGGGGAGAAACAUGGCAGUGUUUCACAAGAAGCAACACCUCGUACUUCUAGGGAGACAAGCCGCACAGCCAUCAUACCCAGCACAUGGCCAGAACAUUUUGAAGUCCCUUGGCAUAAAAUGCCAGAGGAAUUGAGGUCAGCCAUUGCCAACAACAAGAGACCUGCACCUGACAAGCGACGCCAGAUGAUAAGGAUCCUCGUGGAUGAAAUGAAAAAGUAUGUGGAUAAUCCUAAACGCAAAGAAUACAUGAUCAUCUGUCGAAACAUCGUAAAGCAAUAUCCUAGUAGUUUUGCCGACAUGACACGAAGAGGUGUCAUUAUUGCUGGAGGGUUUUUUUCACUGCUCUCUCAGGUGAAAAGAAGAAUUGAGAACAUAAACCGUGCAUCACUGAAAGAAGUGAUCACACUUCAACUGGCCAAACGAUUGCGCCAGUCUGCUUUUUCUUACGGCUGCAAACAAUUUCAGCCGGGUCCUCCACCUGAAGAAACCAGUGAGACAGUGGAGCAGAAGCGGCAACAGUUGCAGAGCAUCUACAGGCAGGAGGGUGCUGACGCUGGUGAAAGGGCAGAAGUGAUAAACCUCAUGAAAACAACAUUCUGUCUCCAGCGUAGCCAAAUCAACCAGACUCCAUCAGCUUUCUUUGAGGAUUUAAGAAACCAGUGGCCUUACCUUUUUACUGAAAGAGGUAUCUUCUGUCACUUUGAGUUACUGACUGACAUUAACGUAUCGCAUGCCUUGGAGCUCUUCAUUGAAGAGUGUGGACAAAGAAUCGAGAAGUAUUUAAAGACAAAAUCAAAACGUAAAGAUCGGCAGCAUGUGGUCUACAAGGAUGGAGAGUUGACUCUUCGCAUCAUCCAGCUUCUGAUGGGCUACUUUGGUGAGAAAACAGAGGGACUGAUACUCCCUGCCCAUCUGUGUGCUACUGCAGCUGAUGUUGAAAGCAACCUGACCCUUCCAGCCAGCCCCCGACUCAUCCUGCUGAUGCCUGGUGAUGAAGUCACAGUUGGACGAUGGAUGAUCAGCAUUGAAGGCCACGUAAUCUGUGAAGGCCGACAACAAAGUUUCAUCUCAGGGCUGGCUGCACUUUUUGCCACCUACUACGUGUUCAACCUGCAAUACCAAGAGGAAGCUGCAAAGACACUGGAGUUUAUUCAAAGACGCUUCAUUGGUAUCAAUCCUGAGAGAGGAUCAAAGGCCAACCACAAGAAGGGGCUGUCGAAGAAGACGGGGAAGCUGGUUCAGAAGAAGAUAGAAACAGUGAAUCCCAAGGUGGCCACGCUUCUGAAAAACCUCACGGACUUUGAGUGGGGCUUUGUAUAGCCACAUCAAAUCUCCACACAAGACCUUACCUCACGUCCAGGAGGUACUACGAUUGAAAAAUAGCCCUUCUCCACACUGACCCCUCACAGUACCUGCUGCAGAGCAUGGAGCCAUCUGCAGGAACACUGGAACCUGACAGGGGAGGAUCUCACACUAACAGUUUAGGAUUAAUGUGAAGCCGAGACAGUAAUUCUAGAUUUACAGAUUUUUAAAGGGUUGUUUCAUUGUGUAAUAUGCUGAAUACUGGACUCUAUGAAUGUAUUCAUGUUUUUUGUUUGUACCAAUGAUUAUGAGAAAAUAACCUCACUGUAUUCACCAUGGCUGUUAUUUCUCACUUCAUUUUCUAAUCUCCUCUUCUUCAUCUCUUCUUCCACAUUUCAAGCUCAUCUGUUACACCGCCUUAAAUGUUAAACAUGCUACCUGAAUGAAGACUGAGGCAAUUUAACUAUAGUCAAGUAUUACUCAUCAGUGCCCCUAGAGUCCAUCAUGUGCAGCUAAUAUCAAGACAUUCUGAAGGGUCAACUUCAGUGCUCAACAUCCCCUUGUUUAUACUACAGUAUUAUCCUUUGAUUUACAUUUUGAUUUCUAGAGUUUUUAGUUAUUUUUUUGUUGUUUAUUUUUCUUUAAAACAUAUAAACUGAUAUAGAUUUGAUAAUUAAAAAUCAUACAAAUGUGGUAUUAUUGCCCUUUCACAAUAAGAGGAUCAUUUUGUUUCACUUUUGUCUCUAUCAUAAAUCCAAUUAUUUUUCAUGCACCAAGAAUCACUUUUCCAUUUUUCAUCAGCAGGCAAUAACUAGAUUUCAGAAUAUAAAUAUAAAGAAUAUAAAUAUAAAGACAUAUAUUAACAGCAUAGGUUUGCAAGUCUGAAUGUGUGUUUUUAAGUGUAUCUGUAUCUACCUGAACUGUAUAUGUUUUUAUUUUGUUGUCACAUUUUGGAAAAGAGGCUUUGGAUUCAGUGAGUCCUCCCUGCUAAAGGAUAAGAUUUAAAAAAUCAUACUUGAUGAAAAAUAACUUCCGGACCCUGGAGUGAUGAAAAAGCUGUAUUUGUUCUGAAAUGCAUAUUUUUUAAUACAAAACUAACACAAAGCAGAAUAAAAGACAAACACAAGA